UCCAUUUUGCUCUAUAAAUUCCGUUCUUCUCGUAAGCUGCAAUUCCCUUUUCUCCUUCUCCCCUCUUCACUCGCUUAGCUUUCUUGAGGUUCUGCUGCUCUGCUCUUGAUUAGUCUUCUUUCCCUGUGUGCUCUUUUGAUCAUAAUUUCUUUGGGUUCUCGAUCCAAAAUCGAAAAACUCUUCCUUCUAGCUUCUGUUUAACUUCAUUCUUAGAGAAAGAUCUGUCUUCGGGAGUUCCUUUCGCAAGUUUCUUCCCUGUUCUGGGCAAUCCAUCUCCAUACACACUCUAUCUGACCAAAUCCAAGAAACCAGCAUCCGAAAUUUGCCGCUAAAGCUAGGGAGGUUUACUCGUAACUACGUACCGAUAUCUGAGCUUCGUUCCAUUCACAUGCAGUGUCUGUAUCUCUUGAUGUUUCUCGUUGCUGCCGCUUAUCCCAAGUGAAAUUAAUUCUCCUGCGCGAGUUUAUGAUACACUCCAUUUUUCAGCGCAUGACAAACCUCGCUCAGUCCUUCUCUGUGGCCUUUCUUUACUGUGGCACUUCUUCCGGAUCCAGCCAGCUCCUUACCUCCGGUUCCGAAGAAGACCUGCAAGCCGUGAUGGACCAGAAGAAGCGGAAACGAAUGAUAUCGAACCGGGAAUCAGCGAGGCGGUCGAGGAUGCGCAAGCAGAAGCAGUUAGCCGAUCUCACGGCAGAGGUGAUGCGGCUGAGGAGGGAGAACGACCAGGCCGUCGUGGUCUUGAACCUCACCACGCAGAGCUACUCCGUCGUGGAGGCCGAGAAUUCCGUGCUGAGGGCUCAGGCGAUGGAGCUCACCUACAGGCUGCAGUCUCUCAAUGAGAUCGUCGACAACCUGAAUGAAAACAGCAUCAGCCCAUGGAACUUCUUGUGUAUGAAUCGGCCUAUCAUGGCGUCCGCAGAGAACAUGCUCUACUACUGAUUGAUCCAUGAGCGGCAGCCAUAGAUUCCGUAGCUAAUAAUGGUGCCUGCUCCUCCUUGUUUGGCAUGCAUCUCCCGUUUGCGUACUCUUCCGGCGUGUUAUUCUCGUGUUUGGGGUGAAUCGCACCCAAGAUAUUUUAUCAUUUGGGCUUAUGGGGACCCACCCCAUUAUGUACGAAUAUUAGUCUUAAGACCACGAACCUUGCUUGUUAUCGUGGAAGGUUUUUCCCACCA